GUCACCGCUCCUUCUCCUGCCCCCCCCUCUCUCCUUUCACUCCCCUUUGCCGGCGCACCUUCAGCCGCACCGCGUCUCACUACCUGCAGUUCUCGUGAUUCGCGCGGAAGGCGCCUUUAUUUUCUUGGCAAGCAGGCCGUAUGCAAUAAUUUUAACGCGAACGGGUGCCGUGCAUCUUCGUGUCGUUUCCUGCACAUCUGCUCUUAUUGCGCUCAGGCUCACGCCCGCCCUUCCUGCCCCCACCAUCCUCCCAAGUUCGGGCGGAGCUGACUGCUCCGCUAUCUGUCAACCCCGGUAAACGUGCCUGAACUCGCUGCUUGCCUGUCUUCUCACCCUGACCCUGUAUCGGUACGCUACCUACUCAAUGGUUUCACUUUCGGUUUUUCUCCUGGGCUCGUCUCAUUGCCGGACUUUUCUUUCUCGGCUCCCAACCUCCUGUCAGCAGAAUCUGAACCCGACGUUGUCUCCUCUCUCCUCGCCAAGGAGGUUUCUGAUGGUUUCAUGGUCGGCCCCUUUUCCUCUCCCCCUUUUUCUACUUUUCGGAUUAAUCCCAUCGGCAUUGCCACGCGCAAAUACUCGGGGAAGAAACGCCUCAUCAUUGACUUAUCCGCUCCCCAUGGCUCUUUUCUUCCUUCCGUCAAUAGCCUGGUGCCCAGCGACGAGUUUUCUUUGUGCUAUGCCCGCGUCGAUGAUGCGAUUUCCCUCAUCAAACUCGUCGGACGCGGCACUUGGAUGGCCAAAGCAGACAUCGUCUCAGCUUUUAAGGUCUUACCCAUCCAUCCUGACUUUUGGCACCUAUUUUGCGUGCGCUGGAAGGGGCAUUACUACUUCGCCACCCGGCUCGUUUUCGGCUGUAAGAGCAGCCCCAAGAUAUUUGACUGUUUCGCUGAGGCACUGUCCUGGAUCCUGCUCAACGUGUGUCGUAUUCCCUAUGUCGUGCACCUGCUGGACGACUUUCUGGUCCUCGACGCCCCGUCUUCUCCGCCCGCUCGUUGCAUCACUUCCCUAGCAUCAGUUUUUCACCGCCUGGGCGUUCCGCUGUCCGCCGAAAAGACCGUUGGUCCGUCUACAUCGCUCGAAUUUUUGGGGAUUUUGCUGGACUCUGUCAACUUACAGGCUUCUCUUCCCCGCGAUAAGCAAACUCGCAUCUCCCAAGUUCUCUCAGAGUUUCUGCAACAGCCUCGUUGCACCAAGCAGCAGCUCCUGUCGCUUCUCGGGCAUAUGAAUUUCGCCAUGCGCAUCAUCCCGCAAGGUCGCGCGUUUAUUUCCCAUCUCCUCCUCCUCGCUUCUUCAGCUACAUCCUACUUUCAGUUCGUCACCCUGGAUGAGGCUUGUCUAGCAGAGAUACGUUUCUGGCUCCUACUCCUCUCUCAUUGGAAUGGCAUUUCGUUUUUCUUUAACGACGCAGUAUCUAAUCCUGUUGAUAUUCAUCUCUUCACGGACGCCUCACCUUCCACAGGCUUUGGCGGUUUCUACGACGGCAGAUGGUUCGCCUCCCAAUGGCCUGCCGAAUUUUUUCAGCUCCCCUCGGAUCUUCGUGAUUCGUCCGCGCUUCGUGAACUUUACCCCAUCAUCGUCGCUGCCCUGCUAUGGGGACACGAAUGGACGCGACGCGUAAUUUUCACGCACUCUGAUAAUCUAGCCGUAGUAAACGCAAUCAACAAGGGUCGGUCAAAUUCCCCGUCCUUAAUGCCAUUGCUCCAGAGGCUCACGUGGCACUCCAUCAUGCAUCAGUUCAUUCUCAAAGCUGUUCACAUUCCUGGUUCAUCUAACCCCAUUGCUGAUUCUCUGUCUCGUUUCCAAUUUCAGAAAUUCAGGACCUUGGCUCCACUCUCAGACCCACAUCCAACCCCAGUUCCACCUUAUUUGGACACCAUCUUCCCGCUGCACACGCCUUCUACAAUUUGACUCUCCAAUCCCAGGACCUCAUUCUUAACGCCGUUUCCCCCAACACUCUUUCUACUUACUGGACAGGAUGGCAAUGUUUUCGUCGG